AUGCGAGGCAAUUUCUCGAAGGACCCAAAGUACUACAUCAAGUCAGACAAGGAUUCUAACGCAGACGAUGAAGAUCAUCGUCGAUUACGUCGAGCCCAAGCCCAUGCCUUUUCGGAAAAAGCUUUAUCUUUGCAAGAGUAUUAUGUGCAGCGAUAUGUUGACCUGUUUAUUUCUCGCCUGGGUGAAGAAAUGAAUUCUGCGAAGAACGGUGCUACCAAUGCGGCUACAUGGUUUAAUUACCUGACCACAGAUAUUAUCGGUGAGCUGGCAUUUGGCGCGAGCUUCGGUGGACUUGAAAAAAAUGAGAUGCAUCCGUGGCUCGAUGAUCUUUUUGGAAGUCUCAAAAUCCAUUCAAUUACCCGAGAGAUGUCUCACUACCCUAGUUGGAUGGCCUAUAUCACAUUAGCAAUGAUUUUUUCCAAACGGCAGCUGGCGCACUCAAAGAACGCGUUUGGAUUCGGUGCAGAACAGGCACAGAAAAGAAUGAAGCGCGGAACGGAGCGACCUGACUUUAUGUCUUAUCUUUUACGACAUGUUGAUGAGCGGAGGCUAUCCGACGCUGAAAUUGCUGUGUCGUCCAUCACCUGGAUUAUCGCGGGCAGCGAAACUACGGCCACUCUAUUGUCCGGCUUGACCUUUCUGCUUCUUAGGAAUCCCAGUAUAUUGUACAAGACCACCUCAAUCAUCCGAAAUGACUUUGCCGAUUCGACCAGAAUGACUUUCCAAAAUCUCCAAAAGCAUGAAUACAUUAAUGCAGUCCUUUCCGAAGCCCUUAGAUUGUACCCUCCAGCGGCGGAUAGCCUCUUUCGUAUAGUACCGGUCCAAGGUGGCAUCAUCGCCGGUGAGUUCGUUCCUCCACAAACGAGCGUCACGGUCAAUUUGUUUGCCGCGUUCCGUUCGCCGUUGAACUUCCGACGACCAGAUGAGUUCCUCCCUGAGCGGUGGUUGAAGGAUUGCCCACCGGAGUUUCGAUCAGAUAAUCGGAGCGUUUUCCAGCCAUUUAGUAUCGGAGCAAGAAAUUGUCUAGGUAAAAAUUUGGCAUGGGCAGAGAUGCGCAUGAUUUUUGCCAAUCUUCUCUGGCAUUACAACCUGGAAGAGCUCUUACCGGACAGCAUGAAUUGGAUCGAAAAACAGAAACUAUAUAUGUUGUGGGAAAAACCAGACCUCAACAUCCGAAUUAGCAAACGACACUAA